GAAAAUUUAUUAUAUGAUUCAACAGUGCGAUGAGCCCCUUGUGCAUACGUUUCACAGUGAACCAACUUAUUAAAUGUAUAUGUAUACAUAUGACACGCAGUGCAACAGUGUGAUUUCUGUGUACAUAUCCUUGUUAUACCUUUGGGCAUUAAUAUGUGUGUACAUUAGUGUUAUAAAUUUAAGCUGAAAAUCUUCGAAAGGUUUUAACUCGUUUGAUAAAAUACUUUUACGUAGGAAGUAGCGUAUUGUUAUAAGUGUUACAAGAACUUGGAUGAUGACAAAAUAAUAUCGACUGAUUGGCAGCAGAUGCAUUUUACAUUUUAUCAUAUUGUAAUUAAAAAUUGAGGAAUGGCAGAAAAUGCUACUGCAUCGAAUGUAGAGGAAAAAACUAUUUCCUCAGCUAUGACACAGUGCUAUGAAAAUUAUAUCAUAGUUGAUGUUGGUGCCAACCUUACAAAUAAAAAGUAUAGCAGAGAUUUAGAUAGUGUAAUUCAAAGAGCAAAAGAUGCUGGUGUACAGAAAAUUAUGGUAACUGGUGCAAGUAUUCGAUCUAGUAAAGAAGCAUUACGAUUAACUAGAAUAUAUCCUGGUACUCUUUAUUCUACUGCUGGUGUACAUCCUCAUGAUGCAAAAUCAUGGGAAAGUCCAGAUACUUUACAAGAACUUGAGACUAUAGCUAGUAAUCCAGAAUGCGUAGCAAUAGGAGAAUGUGGUUUAGAUUACAGUCGUGACUUCUCCGAUCCUGAAACACAACGUGCUGUGUUUCAUAAACAAGUAGAACUUGCGUGUCAGUUAAAUAAACCACUAAUAAUACAUGAAAGAGGAGCUCAAGCGGAUGUUUUAGAAGUUCUAAACCAUUAUAAAAAUUGUUUACCGCCAGUUUUAAUUCAUUCAUUUAUCGGAACUGCAGAAGAAGCUCAAGUGUAUUUAGAUCGUGGCUUUUACUUAGGAAUUACAGGAUAUUUAUGUAAAGAUAAAUCUGAUAGUGGAAUAAGACAAUUAUUGGAAAGAGGUCUCGCACCUUUAGAAAGAAUAUUAGUAGAAACAGAUGCACCAUUUAUGUAUCCUAAUACUAGAGCCAGUAAGCUACCUGUACACGUUAAAGAUGCUCUCACUGAACGAUCUAUGACAUUUCUUCAUCGUUAUUGUACUUUUCAACGUAACGAACCAUGUGCCUUACCAGCAAUAGUGGAAAUGGUAGCAGCAUUUAUGCAAAUCACUCCAGAAGAAGUUGCUUUAGCUACUGCUUUCAAUGCUUUAAAAUUAUUUGGCUUAAAUCAGUAACAUUAAGAAUCACUUUUUAUCUGAAAAUGGUGCUAAUUGGUGCUAUUUAACAUCUUAAUUAUCCAAUUAAAAAUAUUGUCUUUUUUUAUGUUUAAAAUCAUUAUUUGUGUGUCCAGAUAAGUGUACCUCUUAUAAUAACAAUGGCAUACAAUUAAUUUAUAUAUAUAUAUAUAAAUAUAUAUAUAUAUAAAAGGAACAGUAAUCGUGGCAAUUGUCAUUAAAUUUUUACCUUAUUUAUAUGUUAUUCAUAUGUUUAUGCAAUAAUACUCGACUAUAUAUUAAAAUUAGUACCGCAUCAAACAUUUCAUUUAUUAUAGUAUAACAGAUAUUUUUUAGGAAUAUGUAUGAGAUACAUAAAGGCCGAAAUCAUACAAUUUUAUUGUUGAUGUUAUAUUUUCAUAUAAAUAAAUUGUUACAUUGAUGUACAAAUAUUGUCAAUUUAUUUUAAACAGGGAAUCCCAAUUUCCCAAAAAUCUAACGAAACAAAUAUUACAUAAUGGUAUUUACAAUCAUUGCACCUAGAAAGUAUUCAAAAUGGAAUUAUUAUUAUUAAUAUAUACUUACACUCUUUUACAUUAAAAUUUUUAUUAAUUACACUAUAUCUAAAAUUAAAUUUUUCUUAUUUCAUUAUUACAUACUUUUAAAUUUGGAAGUAAUUUUAAAAGAUAUGAUUUCUUUUCAUUGUUGGGUAAUCUCCACCAUGUAUCUGCACUUAUCUGAACAAUCGUAUAUCCUGUUAAUUUUUCAAGUGAUUUCACACAUAUUUCCCAUGUAGAAUGAUAUCUCCCUGAAUUUUUACAAAUUACUGACGUUGGAACAGAUAAAAUAAGUAUUCUGUAAAAAAUAAAGAUAAUUUGUAUGUAUGACUGGAAAUUCUUAUAAAAAUUUCGUUAACAUACGAAACUUUAUACCUGGAAUAUUCUAAGGGA